UCCGCUCCCCCAUGGCAGACCUUUCCCUCCGCGCCCCGGCCAAGCUGCAUGGUGUGGGUGCCUCUGAGCGCCACGAGGACUGAUCGCCGGGCCCUCCUGCGCGCACCCAACAACCGCUGCACCAACAUGUCUGGGGAGUGGCUGAUGGACUGGAGCUGGUCCCUGGACGGACUCCGGGAUUUUAUCGCCACGGGCAUCCAGUCUUUCCGGGAUUGCGACACCACUGCCCUCACCGCCGUCGCCUGCCUCCUGGUCCUCUUUGUUUGGUACUGCUACCACGUGGGGCGGGAGCAGCCCCGCGCCUACGUCACUGUGAACGCGCUCAUGCAGGGCGCCGACGCCAACGGCUUGCAGAACGGGUACGUGUACUGCCACUCGCCCGAGUGCGUGCGCUGCACACACAACGACGGCCUUAACCAGAAGCUCUACCACAACCUGCAGGAGUACGCCAAGCGCUACUCCUGGUCCGGCAUGGGCAGGAUCCACAAGGGCAUCCGCGAGCAGGGCCGCUACCUGAACAGCCGGCCCUCCAUCCAGAAGCCAGAAGUCUUCUUCUUACCGGACUUACCAACCAUGCCCUAUUUCUCCCGGGACGCUCAAAAACAUGAUGUGGAGCUACUGGAGCGCAACUUCCAGACUAUCCUGUGCGAGUUUGAGACCCUGUACAAGGCUUUCUCAAACUGCAGCCUCCCGCAAGGAUGGAAAAUGAACAGCACGCCCAGCGGGGAGUGGUUUACCUUUUACCUGGUGAACCAGGGCAUGUGCGUGCCCAGGAACUGCAGGAAAUGCCCACGGACGUACCGUUUGCUCGGGAGCCUUCGCACCUGCAUUGGCAACAAUGUCUUUGGGAACGCUUGCAUCUCCAUGCUGAGCCCUGGCACCGUCAUUGCGGAGCACUACGGACCCACCAACAUCCGUAUCCGCUGCCACCUAGGUCUGAAGACUCCCAGCAACUGCGAGCUUGUGGUGGGGGGCGAGCCUCAGUGCUGGGCUGAGGGCCGGUGCCUGCUCUUUGAUGACUCCUUCCUGCACACUGCGUUUCAUGAAGGUCCCCCGGAGGAGGGCCCUCGUGUGGUCUUCAUGGUGGAUCUGUGGCACCCCAACGUUGCAGCUGCUGAGCGCCAAGCCCUAGAUUUUAUCUUUGCUCCGGGACGAUGAGCGCACUGCCUUGAUGUCGUGGGUUUGAGGGCAGUCAAACGGCCCGGCAGGCCUUGCUGACUGAGCUCCCGCUGCAGGUCCAGCUCCACACUUGGAAGCCUGCCUCACUGGAAAGCUUUCUCACAGCACAUACAGUGUUGGGUUCUUCCCUCCUUUGGGUUCUUGUAAAUGGAAACUUCCAACUUGUAUUAACUCCCCAUCUCUUUCUUUCCAUCAUUUGCUUCAGGGAUUCUUUUCCAACAUGACAGUGCAUUAUUUUCACUCUGUGGUUAGAUGCAGUACUACUCUAGUACGUGUUAUGUUGCUACUGUGUUUUGCAGUGUUCAGAAUUAGACUAACAAAACCAAGGGUGUAUGUUUGAAUGUAAUAAUGUAAAAUUUCUCGUGAUCAUCAAAAGAACACCACACACACACACACACAAAAACAGCAAACUUGCCAAACAGCGAAGAGCUGCACUCAGCCUGCCUUUGUCUGGGUUUGCAGUCACCUUGCAGACAGCCAGACGGGGCUGCUAAGGGCUGCAGCAGGCUCGCUGCCACUCUCUGCAUAAAGCACGUUCAAGGCAGGGGCUGUUCAGGCUGGGGGCAAACUGGGGCAAGAGUAGGGCAGUGCUCUGCUAGCAGAGAGCUCUUGCACACAGGGCCAGAAGCUCCUGCUUUCUCUCUCUAGCAUGUGAGUAGUGCCACAGGGCUGCUGAGAAGGCCCCAGCACGUGUCAGCCCCUGGCCCUUUAUGCCUUGAUAAAUCAUUUUGUCAUACUGGCUGUAGAAAACACAAAAACGCUGUUUCCCAUGCUUUCCAUGCAGCUGGAAGUGCUGGCAGCCAGAGCAAGGCAGCAAGCCCAGGAGGGCACAUGACGUACACCCUGUCAAGGGGAUGGCUGCACAACAAGCCCUGCUCUGUAGUCUGACCAAAGGCUUUAUCAGUUUGCCUAAAUCCCCUUGCUUUAUCUGCAACCUUGGAUUUUUCACAACUCAAGGCUGGGAAGCUCCUGCAGAGGAAGGGAAGCUUGUUUGGAAAUGCAGAGUGCAGCUUUCGUCUUUCUGUAGACAAAGGACAUUAAAGGGAGGAGGUCAGACUUCCCUCUGCUUCGUGAUCUCCUCCUUUUCUUACAGCAAGAGUGAGCAUACAGAGAGGGGCAGCUCCAAAAUACCUAACAACGAAGGGAGGGUUUUCAAAGGUAGGGGGGCGUUUAAUUCUGCAGCACAAGAGAUACGGCCCUCCACCUACCUCUAGGAGUCCUGCCCACCUAGCAGCCACCAAGCUUUUCUCUAAGUCUGUCCCAGCAUUCAAGGUUUGUCUGGGGGGUUUUGGGUACAGAGCUACCAUCUCGUUUGUAACAUGCUACACUUAAAGCACAGCAUGUCAUGGAUGCUCACCACCGUACUUGCUCCUCUGGUUGGAAAGCAGCUGCGAUUGGCUAGAUAACAGCAAGAGGCAGCUGCCUUGGCAAGGGUCUUGGGAUCUUUCACUUCCCAGCGUUGUGCCAGGGAGGUAACCCAGCCCGGUUCCAGUAAGGUUUCUAUACAGAUUUUUCAGUGAUCAGAUUGCAAGAUAAGGCAGAGAUUUCAAAUACAUCUGAAAUAUUUUUUACACCUGUCUUGUUAAAGAAUAUCUGAAAUGCAUGGUUUCUACACACAUUGACUACUUGGAACAGAAUCUGAGGAAGCAGGCUGGCUUGGUAACUGUCUUACAGUUUGGUAACAUUUCAUACAGUGGAUAAGCAAAGAUUAUCAAUAAACAGUUGUGCUGAAAAUGA